AUGGCAGAGGUAGAGGAACCACCCGCCAAGAGGGCAAGGACUGGAGACACAGCGAGCGAUGAUGAGCUGAACCAAUUCAGCCUGGAAGAUCUCUUCGGGGACGAUGCGACUCACUCCGGUCUUGACAAGGUGCUUGCUGAACACAUGGCCGAUCAAUCCGACGUGGAGUCCCACUAUUCCAAUGUGGAGUCCCACCAGGAAUUCGUCGUUGAUGAUCCUGAUAGGCCUCCAGCAGAUGAAACAGCAUAUGGUCUGAACCCUGUCAAGCUCAGUUUGGUGACUGACAUUUUCGGUGAUCUUUCUGUCUUGAAGCCCUUGGGUGAUAUUGAUGGAGGUGAUGAGCAGCCUGUGGAUGCUUCAGUUCAUGCCAGUCUUGGGGCUGCUGAAGCAGCAGUUGCAGAAUCAUUGGCAAAGCAUCAAGCUGCCUCUGACAUCAAAGAUGAAUCCCAGAGCCAGGCCUUGCCAGCCCUACCUUUGGAGGACGCUUUGGAUCCAGAUGUUCUGGAGAAGUCCUAUCAACUUCCCAAAGACCAAGCCAUAGCCCGAAGUCAACAGCCUGAACGAUGGCUGCAGGCUUAUGGCAGUGAUGGCCAAAAUCUACCCCGGAAGUCUGAUGAGGAGUAUCAAAAUGAAGCCCGAUGGAUGUACAACCAGGUCUUCAAAGCGAGAAGCUAUGAUAGACCUUCAACUGAAAAUGCCAUUAUCCGCGUGCUCUCUACUUUGCACGAAUCGAAGUUUGAGCUCAUCUACAUAGUCGAACAUGUCUACUGGAAAAUUGGAAAAUCUCUCACCAAAGAGGAUGUUUGGAAGAUUCAGGAGUACGAUCUGCUGUGGCAACCCAUUUGGACUCGCUACAUGCUGCUGGUCGAAUGGGUUAUGGAGCUUGAACGCCACCGAGUUGCGGUGCCGGAGCACAUCAAAGAGAAGGUGAAUCGUAAGGUUUGGCAGCAAGCAGAUUCAGAAGAAUCUCAGCGAGACGCGCACGACUGGCGCCUCUGGCAUGACUGA